UUAAUAGUGCAGAAGAUUUAGAACAAAGAGCACUGAUCCAGAAGAUCCUCAGUGCUUUGUUGCUUGAAGUCAGAAUGACUGGCAUGGAAAUAAAUAAGGACAGGUCACAAAGCCCUCAGUUCUUAAAAACAGUUUCAGACUCAGAAACUGUAGACCUCAUCAAACUUCAUGGCACUCCUGUUCCUCCUGAAGUGGUUGUCAACAUGGAAGGCUCUUCAUUGUCCCCUGCAUGUGCCAAUGAAGCCAUCGCCCAAGUGGUGGACACCGUGUUAGAAAGUGAAAGACUUGUUUCCGUCCCCAACAUAGUGGAGAAAUUGAUCUCUGAAUCAAAAGUGAGGGUAUUCUCCCAUGAUAUUGCGGAUCAAGUCCAAAAGAUCCUAAAAAGCUCUCAUGGCCUCCAGACUAUUUCUGUGCCCGUGGGGAAGAGUCUUUCAGACUCCAUUCUCUGCAAGUUGCCGGCCAGAGCUGAGAGACAGAAUGAAGCUCCAUCUGGAUUUAUUUACACUUAUGUAGAGCAGGCUGUGAAGCAACUCGUGUCAUCAUGGUUGUUCCCCUCAACAUCUUCUGAGGACCAAGAGCGUUCCCAGCGGACCUCAACUUCAUCCGGUAUACUUGACAUGUUCACGGAAGUGAUAGUCAAAGAAGUCAUGGUGACUCUUCCCACAGAGUCUGAGGGAAACGUUGCUUCUGGCAACAGUGACGACUUUAAGAAUGACUAUGCCUCCCUAGUCUCCAUGUUGGUCAUUCGAAUUCUGAGGAAAGUUGAUAGCUUACGCCCUUCCAUUGGCACCCAUCAGGAUGGCGUUCAGGAUAAAGUCUUGGAUAUCUCCAGAGAACUGAUCCAGAAGAUUCUAUGUGAGCUUGACACACGUUUUGGUAUCACAAGUGAUGAAAGUCAUCCGCAGCAAGUGAAUUUUCACCUGAUGUACCGAAAUGUUUACAAGGAUCUUACUAGAGAGUUUGGGUCUGAAGAUGUGCUGUGUUCUGCCCUGGAAUCACAAGAUCCAUCUUUUGAGUCUUCCCUUGUGGAGAAAUUGACAGGAGAGAUCGGAAGGACUUGUAUCCAAACCCACUUAGCAGCUUCUGCACCCCUCCCUCCAAUUCAAGCUGUAACUGAACUACAGGAAAAUAAGGAAAAGACCAAAAAGAAAAUCACUCCAUCCUGGCUGAAGAUGGCAACGUUCAAUUGGAAGAGAUCAAAGAAUGGAGCACACAGUCUCCUUGACAGUGAGGGCUCUCAUGUUCCAAGCACAAGUUCCUCUCAGGUUCAGGCCAUGAGGACCGAGCUAAGGGAGACUCUGGCCGAGGUCACCAAGGCUCCUGAGUGUGCAGCUGGCCGUCUAGAGAAGGCCCAGGAGGAAGAGACCACAGGGUGCUGUUUCUUCAGGAUGCCCAAAUUCAAGUUCUCCUUCAAGGUAGAGUUCAGUUUUUGUAACGGGUCUGUGUAAUGUGUCUAUUAUGUGGACUAAUUGUGAUCUGACAGACUAGUGAGUGAAGGACAAGUCGGUUCAUACUGAUGUGAGUAUGCAGAUAUAAUAUUGCUUCAUUAAUCAACAUCUGAAUUUGAACUAAUCCCUCUCUUUCUUCAUCAGAAAAUACUGAGAGGAGCUAAAGUUGGGCCUUACCACGAUGUUACCUCAUUUGAGGAGCAGAAGUAAUGUGCCACCAGCCUGUGCACCAUCCUCAUGUGAGACUGAGGAGCCCUCUGCUGAGUUGACUGCUUCUGAGGGUCUCACUAGGCAGGAUUAGACUGACCCAAAUCACACAACUAACUG